AUGGGGCUACAAGGUCAGCUCAGUGACGUUUCAUCCGAUUCAAUCCCUCUCAUGCUCCUCUCUCUCCUCGCCGUAUUUAUCAACCGUCUCCGCUCUCUCCUCCACCGUCCCUGCGAUUCCGAUUCUAAUAAUCUCCCACUCGACUCCUCCUCCCUCAUAGCGUCUGGACUAGCCAACAUCAUCUUCCUCUCCGAUCAGCUCAGCCUAAACCGUCUCUUCUCGUACCGGUGCGCAGACAAAAGCGGUUCAGACUGCGUUGUGUGUCUGUCGAAGCUACAGGAAGGAGAAGAGGUGAGGAAGCUGGAGUGUGGACACGUGUUCCACAAGCGGUGCUUAGAGGGAUGGCUUCACCAACUAAAUUUCACUUGUCCUAUCUGUAGAUCAGCUUUGGUCGCUGAUAGUUGCGUUUCCCGAACGCAGCGGCGCGUUGGGAGAGAUUUGAUCUCGUGCUUCUCUCUUCGCUAAAAAUUUCGAUCCAACGGUGGUGACUCAUCCAUCUCCAGUGGUUCUUAAUAUAUAUGAAUUAUUAUUUAAACAAAAAAAAAAGAGUGGUAGAGAUGAGAGAUUUCAGUGGCUGGUCAUGCGCGCCCUUAUUUCUCGCAUUUUUUUAGUUUCAUAUGUAAACUUGCGAAGAUGUGUAUAUUGAUUAAACUAUUACUCUCAUA